CGUCACCAGAGUAUAGGAGUGUUGGCAACACAGGCAACAAGUGGGACAUCAACUCAACUCCAUUCCGAUUAACACCACUUCCAGACACUGAUUGUAAUUUGUAUUGAAUUGAUUGAUUGGUUGUGUGUUGAGUGAACUGAAGCCAUGGAUCAGUUCUUCGGAAGUCUUAAAAGUUUUAUUAAGACGAGUUCAGUGGUCACUGACAACCAUAUCUUCCGACUCCACUACAAGGCAACGGUUGUCAUACUAUUGGCAUUCAGUCUAAUGGUGACGGGUCGUCAGUACUUCGGGGACCCAAUCGACUGCAUAUCAAAGGACGACAUCCCAGAGAAACUGCUCGACACUUACUGUUGGAUUCACACGACGUUCAGCAUUGAAAACGCAUGGAAGAAGCGGGUGGGGGAUGAGGUGCCGUACCCGGGGGUCGACAAGACUACCCCCAACGAGAAGCGUGUGUAUCACGCGUACUACCAGUGGGUGUGUUUCGUGCUCUUCUUCCAGGCGCUCUUCUUUUACGUUCCGCGAUAUUUCUGGAAAGCCAUGGAAGGCGGACGCGUCAAGAACCUCAUCCUCGGACUCAACUCUCCCGUCUGUAGUGAAGAGAAACGCACCGAAAGUCGAGCCCUUCUCGUCGAAUACCUCUACAAAAACAUCAAUAAUCACAACACACUCUUCAUUACGUAUACCAUCGCUGAAGUGCUUAAUCUACUCAACGUUAUCAUCCAAAUGGUUAUUAUGGACCGAUUCUUAGGCGGAGAGUUCACUAACUAUGGCUGGGAUGUCAUCAACUUCUCAGAGUGGGACUGGUCUGUCAGAUACGACCCAAUGAUCAAAGUGUUUCCACGUCUAACCAAAUGUACUUUCCAUCGGUUCGGGUCUUCUGGUGAUGUGCAGAAACACGACGCCAUGUGUAUCCUUCCCAUCAAUAUUGUCAACGAAAAGAUAUACAUAUUCUUAUGGUUCUGGUUCUACAUCCUGGCCAUCAUCAGUGUGAUAGCCAUUGCCUACCGGGCCGUCACAAUAGUGGUGCCGAGGGUUCGCUUUUUGGCGACACAAUCGCGCUGUCGUAUUGCAAACAGGGAUGCACUGAACCAUGUGGUGAAUCAUUGCCGUAUAGGCGACUGGUUUUUGUUGGACUUACUUUCCAAGAACUUGGAUCCACUCAACUUCAAGGACUUAGUUCUCGACUUUUAUAAACGUCUCGAAGGGAAAGGGGCCGACAUGCUGCAUGAGUUGAAUGAUAGGGUCAGUGAUCAGAGCACAGGCUGUAGAGCUGUAGAGAGUAGGGAAGUGUUGGCUACGAGUGCAGUGAUCUUUGUUCGGCUGAAAGACAGCAUAGACUGCAGAGUGAGUGCAUUGAAUGCGCUGACAAUCAGUGAAAUGUGCCUCAAAGACAAUCUGAAGCAGUUCUUGAAACCCAGUUCUUGUGUCAUCGAUAACAACAUAUUUCGACUUCACUAUAAGGCAACUGUGGUUAUACUCAUCGGAUGUAGUCUUAUGGUGACGGCGCGGCAGUACUUCGGGGAUCCAAUCGAUUGCAUUUCCAGAGAUGACAUUCCGCCUAAUCUUCUCGACACUUACUGUUGGAUUCACACGACGUUCAGCAUUGAAAACGCGUGGAAGAAGCGGGUGGGGGAUGAGGUGCCGUACCCGGGGGUCGACAAGACUACCCCCAACGAGAAGCGUGUGUAUCACGCGUACUACCAGUGGGUGUGUUUCGUGCUCUUCUUCCAGGCCCUCCUCUUCUAUAUUCCGCGAUAUCUAUGGAAAGCAGCCGAAGCCGGAAGAGUAAAGAAUUUGAUUCUGGGUCUCAAUUAUCCCAUUUGUAGUGAAGACGUUAAAAGUAAUAAUCGAGCCCUUCUCGUCGAAUACCUCUACAAAAACCUUAAUAAUCAUAACCUGCUCUUCAAAAUGUACGUCACGACAGAAGUCCUUAAUUUCCUUAAUGUUAUCCUCCAAAUGGUUUUGAUGGACCGCUUCUUAGGCGGAGAGUUCUCUAACUACGGGUGGGAAGUACUCAGCUUUUCUGAGUGGGACUGGUCUGUCAGAUACGACCCAAUGAUCAAAGUGUUUCCACGUCUAACCAAAUGUACUUUCCAUCGGUUCGGGUCUUCUGGUGAUGUGCAGAAACACGACGCCAUGUGUAUCCUUCCCAUCAAUAUUGUCAACGAAAAGAUAUACAUAUUCUUAUGGUUCUGGUUCUACUUCUUGGCGAUCAUCAGUUUCAUAGCUCUGGUCUAUCGUGUGAUCACAAUAUUUGUGCCCCGAAUUAGAUACCUGGCCACUCAGUCCAGAUGUCUGUCCAACAGAGACGCUCUGCACUCAGUUUGCAAUCAGUGCCAAAUUGGCGACUGGUUUGUGUUGGACUUACUUUCCAAGAACUUGGAUCCACUCAACUUCAAAGAUUUAAUUCUCGACUUUUAUCGACGACUUGAAGGCAAGGGAGCAAAUGGUCUCUAA